AGUUCUGUGUGGUCGCAGCACAUAAGCAAAUUCAUUCUUGUGCCGUUUCUCGGAAAAGCUUUUCAGUAAAUGCACUCAUGCUGCUCCAGAAGCUCUUCUCUGCAACAAGCAGCCCAUCUGCCAUCAACAAGUUAAGACCAAGAGAACUAACGGCUGCGGGAAGAAGGCACUGAAGCUUUGUUUGAUUAACCAGCUGAGCAGUUAGAAGGACAAAAUUUAACAACUUGUGUUCAAAACUGAUUUAGGGGAUCAGAGUUAUCAUAGAAAAUGAAACCAAUGCUUUCAAGAGGAAUAUCCUAAAAGGAAAACAACUCGCCCUAGCGGAUUUAUUUUACUCAGAAAGCCUGGGACACGCAGAAAACAGGAAACUGGUCAAAGGCUCCUGCUUCAGCAUGUCAGAGCCUUUUACAGACUCACUGCGUUGAGUCUAACAACCGCGACUGAAUGCAGCCUCCAAUGUGCUCAGAAGAAUGGGCUUACAUUUCAAGUGGCCAUUAGGGGCCCCUAUGCUGGCAGCAAUAUAUGCAAUGAGUAUGGUUUUAAAAAUGCUGCCUGCCCUGGGUAUGGCGUGUCCACCCAAAUGCCGCUGCGAGAAGCUGCUCUUCUAUUGCGACUCUCAGGGCUUCCACUCGGUGCCAAACACCACAGACAAGGGCUCUCUGGGCCUGUCCCUGAGGCACAAUCACAUCACAGAGCUUGAAAGGGAUCAAUUUGCCAGCUUCAGUCAACUUACCUGGCUCCACUUAGACCACAAUCAAAUUUCAACAGUAAAGGAAGAUGCUUUUCAAGGACUCUAUAAACUUAAAGAAUUAAUCUUAAGUUCCAACAAAAUAUUUUACUUGCCAAACACAACUUUUACGCAACUGAUUAACCUGCAAAAUUUGGACCUGUCUUUUAAUCAGCUGUCAUCUCUGCAUCCAGAGCUCUUCUAUGGCCUUCGGAAACUGCAGACCCUGCAUUUACGGUCCAACUCCCUACGGACUAUCCCAGUACGCCUGUUCUGGGACUGUCGUAGUCUGGAGUUUCUGGAUUUGAGCACAAACCGUUUGCGAAGUUUGGCUCGCAAUGGAUUUGCGGGAUUAAUCAAACUGAGAGAGCUUCACCUAGAGCACAACCAGCUGACAAAGAUUAAUUUUGCUCAUUUCCUACGGCUAAGCAGUCUGCACACACUCUUCUUACAAUGGAACAAAAUCAGCAACUUGACAUGUGGGAUGGAGUGGACCUGGGGCACUUUAGAAAAGCUAGACCUGACUGGAAAUGAAAUCAAAGCCAUUGACCUGACAGUAUUUGAAACGAUGCCUAAUCUUAAAAUACUCCUCAUGGAUAACAACAAGUUAAACAGCCUUGAUUCCAAGAUCUUAAAUUCCCUGAUAUCCCUCACAACCGUUGGCCUCUCUGGAAAUCUGUGGGAAUGCAGCCCUCGAAUAUGUGCUUUGGCCGCCUGGCUGGGCAGUUUCCAAGGUCGGUGGGAGCAUUCCAUCCUAUGUCACAGCCCUGACCACACCCAAGGAGAGGAUAUUCUAGAUGCAGUCCAUGGAUUUCAGCUUUGCUGGAAUUUAUCAACCACUGUCACGGCCAUGGCUACAACUUAUAGAGAUCCAACCACUGAAUAUACAAAAAGAAUAAGCUCAUCAAGUUACCAUGUGGGAGACAAAGAAAUCCCAACUACUGCAGGCAUAGCAGUUACUACUGAGGAACACUUUCCCGAGCCAGACAAUGCCAUCUUCACUCAGCGGGUAAUUACAGGAACAAUGGCUUUAUUGUUUUCUUUCUUUUUUAUUAUUUUUAUAGUGUUCAUCUCCAGGAAGUGCUGCCCUCCCACUUUAAGAAGAAUUAGGCAGUGCUCAAUGAUUCAGAACCACAGGCAGCUCCGAUCCCAAACACGACUCCAUAUGUCAAACAUGUCAGACCAAGGACCGUAUAAUGAAUAUGAGCCCACCCAUGAAGGACCCUUCAUCAUCAUUAAUGGUUAUGGACAGUGCAAGUGUCAGCAGCUGCCAUACAAAGAAUGUGAAGUAUAAUAUGAACCAUCAUCAAAAAUUACAUCAGAUAAGUAACCUAUUUUACAUAGUAGGGAAUAAAUAUAUAUCUAAUUUUUACCAAUGGUGACAUUAAGCCUAAUUUUCCAAACUAAGUGGAGACAUAAGUUUUUGAAGUGUUUAAGUAUUUUAAAUUUUUUUUCAUUAAACAAUAUUGUAAAUGCUAAAUGAAGCAAUGCUUACAUUAAUUUGCACUCUUAUUGAAAAGUCUAAAAAUGCUUACUUCAAAAUAAGACAUUUCAUGUAUGUAAUUAUAUGCUGUCAUGUGUAACAUUUACUAAGGUCUCCAUAAGCUAGUAUUUUUACUGAAACAGUUUGGAAAUAAGCUACUGAGCAAAAUAUGAUAUAGAUCAGUACUAGUCUGAUCAUUGCUCUCCAUCCCAAGCACCACAACUGGCUUGCUGCUUUAAAAGAUUUAGCAAAGUUCUUUUGUAUGGUAAUUUGGCAUUUAUUCAAAUCUACAAUUAUUGCCAGUGUGGGAAAUAGAAUUUCAUGUAUGCUGAAGACUGGUAAAUAUUAAACACUCUUCUUCCAGAGUUUUUGUCUGGGUUAGUAGGUAUCAAAGUCCACAUCAAGAAAUCAGAACCUUUUAUGUAAUUCUAAUAAGCUGAGUGACUCUUUAAUAUAUUCAAAGAAUGAAUCCAAAUGAUUGUGGAAAGGUCUCAUUACAAAGAAAUCAAUACUAAACCAUUGCACUGACUUUGUAUCACACACAUCUAGUUUGACUUAGAAAAGACAUAAUGUGUUUUGUGGCAUUUAGACUAUUUAAACUAAUUUUAAGUUACCAAUCUACUAAUUAGUGUACUAAAUCCUAUAUUUAUGAGAGAAAAUUAACAAUUAUUUUGGAGAGAAAAAAGACAAAGUGAGUCAACUUCAUCCUAUGACUGGGCUUCUUCUGAUUUGAAAGCACACACAUAUUCUUUUUCUCUCUUCCCCCUUUCACUCUCCUCACCUCCCUAUCAGGAUCAAAAAUAUCUUAACAAAGGGGUUCGAACCUCUUCUGCCUUUUCUGAUCUUCAAAUCUCAAAGGAUCAAAUAAAAAGUAAUUGUGUGGCAAAAGGCAUAAAACACACUUUUGUUAGAAUAUAGUAUAAAGAAACCACCCAAAAAUUCCUUUUCUAAAUAUUAUAUGCUAAAAUUUCACCUUUUAACAAUAAACACAAAUAUCCACUGUAAGAGCAGUUCCUUUAACGUGAAGGAACAACAUAUUACCAAGGCAAAUCCUGUCGUGGCAGAACACUCCACAUGCCUAUGCAGCCACACAGUGGUGACUCAAAGGUGGCGCUGAGGUAAGAGAAUGAAAAGGAAAGGGGAAUUUUGGUGAAAGGAUUUUGAAAUUUGACUCAGAGAAACACAGUAGCUGAAGUUAAAAAGCAGCCAGCUGUGAGAACCUAGUAAUGGUCCAUAAUCGGCAUCAAACAGGCAAUGACCCUGACCUACUGCAGUUGAAACAGGGAAAGUCUAAGAGAUUCUCCAGGGUCAAUGCAAGCACUUCAUAAUGAGCAAAUAAAAAUGACGGCACGUUUUUCAUUCAGAAAAGGGCCAAAAGUAAUUCACUUCUUCAAUUAUGAUUUGUAUAGAACUGAUACAUUUGGAAUGUACAUGCAAGCUACUGAUUCAUGCAGAAAUUUUCUAUAAACAAGUUUCUAUGCAUGUAGUAGCAAAAGCUGUGUAAUUGGAAUACUGUCUUGAUUUUAGAAUAAAGAGCACUUUUACCACUGGCAUCUACUCCGUUAAAAAAAAAAAAGAACUAAAUCCUCACAGAAAUACUAUCUCCUAAAAUGUUAUCUUUUCAUUAAUAUGAUACCCUUCAUUCAAAGCACAUUUUCUUCCCCUGACUAAAUUAAAAACAUGUUUAAACUACAGUUUAUCUCAUGAAAUUUAAUCCUAUAUUUUUCUCCUUUGGUACUAAGAGAAGGAUAUCUACGUACAUAUCAAAGAAAACAUAUGUCUCAGCAAAAAGAAGACAAGAUGACAAGUUAUGGUAGGAAUGUACUCUCAAGAUUUUUAAGAUGGGUAGAUUAGUCUGGCAAAGUCUCAGCCUAGUCAAGUUCAUUUGGUCUUGAGCAGGGAGCAUUUCAUCUCUUCUUAAAUCAGAAUGUGCUUAGGCAGGAACAGAAGCAAUGAGUAGAGAGAGCAGCUCACUGCUUCCCUACAGAGGGGUUAUAUCAGAAAUCCCCUACAAAUGAGAAUUCCACAUUAAAAUUUACCAACCCAUUUAUCAGGGUAACCACAGUCAUUUGUCAGGGGACAGCUUUGUCACAAUACAACUGUGUCCAGAACACAUAAAAUUCCACUAGCUCUGAGAACAGGAUAAUUUUUCAUCAUUUCAACCACAGCCAAAAUUAAUUCAAACUGUGAGUUGAAGGGUGAGAAAUAUUGUCUGGGAAUCUCCACAUUAAUCCUAAAGAUUACAGUUUGUCAAAUGGACCAUCAACUGGUUAAAGUCUUUAGUAUCUCUAGAAAAUUAAAUUGGAAAAUCAAGCCACUUAGUAUUUCAGGGGAAUAGCAUCCUCAAGGCCACAAAGACAUACAGUCCCAGUUGGAAAAUAACUGAUUUCUCUGCCUUUUUUUCUUUGUUUUUUUAAGUAAUGCUUUCUGAGAAAAGUUAACAGUGUGCCAACUAACAUUUUUAUUUCUCAUCUGAUGUGUAAACUUCCCUUUCUAGUUACCUACAGACAGCAGGGUUCCAUUUAAUUUGGGUCUGUCAGUAUUGUGGUGUCAGAACAGAUUUGAAGAUGAGGCCGUUAGUCAUAUGAACUCUACCAAGUAGACAGAAUGGAACAGCAUCACAACCAAACUGCAGAGUCCAGCAACACAAUGCUUCUCUGUGUGGUUUUAUCCUCAACAACCUUUCCUCAAACUCCCUCCUUUUCUCUUUUUUUGAUUGUCAAGGUUAGAGGAAAUCAAAAUAAAAUUUCCUUGGAAAAAGGAAAGUUAAAGAAGACUAUGAUACUACUAUACCAACCUAGUAUUCAAAAGCUAGUUUGGGAUCAUUUAUAUUCAUUUCUGUAGCUUGCCAGGGAUUUUCAAUCACCUUUCUGAAAUGAGAGUGGGCUGAUAAAUUUGCAAAUCCAUAAACAACCCAGAGAAUACCCACUGCCAACAUCAAAUAGCAAAGACACUAAUUUUUUAAGCCAAAAAUCUGCACUAACACAUGUAAUUUCUUAAUGUGCCUAAGUUAAUUUCUGUACCAAUUCAAUGAAUGGAAUUGAUUGAACUUCCCAAUUCCACUAAUUAUUAAAACCCAUCUGCUUAUUCUAAUGCUAGUCACCAAGAGCUAGACUCCAUCUUUCCAAUAAAAAUAAGUUGUAUAUAGCCCUAGGUCUGAAUCCUAAAAUUCAAAAUAGGCAUAUCAUUUUCUUAAGGCAUACUUCCUACAUACAUCUAUCAGAGAGAAAGCUAUAAAUGCCGUUUCUCUCUAAAAUGUGAAUAUCAAUAUGAAAUUUUAAAAGAGUAUUUUUUAGAAACUGACUUACAUGAUCAUUUUCCUAAUAUAGCAAUACCAUACGAGACCUAUUUGGGACAUACUUUUCAUAUCUUAUUAGUUAAAGUGUUUCAACCAGAAAAAUACAAAAUAAAAAUGGUAAGGCAAUCCGUAAAUACUAAGGAUUUCUCUUCGGAACCUAGGGCAAACUUGCACUACUUGAAUAAUUUAAGGCCAAAAACAAAUAGAAACAGACUGUUCAGCCUUUUUUCAUACUGCUAUUGCAAACAUUUGGAAACGUCUGCUAUUCCUUCAACUAACCAAUUUUUCCUUGGUAAUUAAAAAAAGAUCUAAUCUAUGAAUGUUUGGUGAACUUUCCUAUCAACACUGAGAAUGCAGACUUUAAAAGUACAAUCUUUUAAACAUAUUGUGUUCAAUCACCUUAAGAGCCAUUUUUUUUUUGUG